UGGCUCGACCGAAAGCUGGUGCCUAGAUCCCUGGUCCGCGGGCGGGAAUGUAUGGCCUGCGGGGCAUUACCAACCUCUAUGAGGGCGGCACGCGCUCGGACUACAUCGUGGUGGCGCACCCUGAGUUUGCUCUAGGCAAAGUUGGCAGUAGUAGGGGCUAUUCCAAGAAGUGGGACACCAGCAAGAUUCCCACCAGCCCGCCGGGAGGCCCCCUGGCGCUGCGUCUGCGGCGUGCGGGCUCGGGCACGCUGCAGCGGGUCACGGUCCCCCUGCAAACGCUGCCGAACCCCAGGGAGCGGGCCAUGGCGAAGAAGGCGGUUGCGCCGGCGCCGCGCUGCGCCUCCCCGAUGGACCAGGACUUUCAGGCGUUCCGGCACGCCUUGCAGGAAGUGCUAGGCAGCUCCGAGCCGAGCCACUGUCGCCGCACCAAAGAUGAGGACGUCCAGGGCCGGCAGAUGGGCUUCGACCACCGCCUCACCUCCGGGUACUUUAACAACAUUACAGAGGCACCUCUAGCGUGCCGCCGCCGCGACACGACCGAGAGCCUCCUGGAGCUGUCGCGGCGCCUCGCCACCGAGCCACAGGCCACGGAGCGGGAUUUGCUGCGGAGCGGGUCCUGGCGCUACUGGGCCAAGGAGCUGGAGAAGGUCCUCCAGCAGGAGCGGCGCCUGGGCGUGGGUCACCACAAGAAGCUCCAGGAGCUGCGGCCGAGGCUGGCUGACGGCUAAGCGUGCCUGGCCGCAGCUGGAAUCCGGAAGGACAUGGUUUGGCCCCGGGCGAGUUGGAUGAAACGUUGUUUCACCCGGAAGGACCCAAGAGAUAUUUGCCCAUGCGACCGUGUCAAUCCCGCACUGGGUCGGUUUGCCAGGGGCCAGGUGCGACCUGGACCUGACCUAGGUACCCCCCCUCCAACUAACAUAGCACC